AGAAGGUUUGAAACAAAUGAUGCGUGGACGGUUUGUGCAAAUGGGCGCUGGAUAUAGUGCUGGACUCCGAUGGCGUGAGAUAGAUACAGUUUUUGAAAGUCGUAUACUGACUGGUGCUGUGAUUAAUUUCGAACACAUUGAACCGUAUCAAUUUCUAGAGGAUGCGCGAGAAAUUGUGCUUGAGCACGUGCAAAGUGUCAUGCAGAGACAUGGCAACGUAAAGAUAAACGCUAUUUUUAAUGGUGAAUUUGUCGCAGGUGACAAACGCGCUAAUAAGUGUAUCACAACAAGAAAUUAUGAACUCUUUCAAUGCUCCGAUUUACAUGAGUGGUACCAGUUACACGUCAUCGAGAUAAUCCUAGCAUCGUUGGAGGAAUUCCAAGAACGCGAUAGCGGAUGGGCGUUGUCGCGUAUACUAAAUUUAACAAUAAAUAUAAACAAAUAUAACCUUUUGCAUGCAGGAUGCAACAUCCAGUUACCAAGUAAAAUUAUGAUGAAGAAAGCGAUAGUUAAUGUAAAAUCAAAUGACAAUGCAUGUUUUGCAUGGUCAGUGGUGGCCAGUCUGCAUCCUGCUGAAAGGAAUACAGAUCGAGAAUCUUCAUAUCCACAUUAUUCUACGGUAUUAAAUCUGAAAGGCAUUGAGUUUCCAAUGACACUGCCACAAAUUAAAAAGUUUGAAAUUCUCAACAAAAUCUCCAUUAAUCUAUACUGCAUCGAGGAGAAGAAAUUAUCUAUUUUUCCUAUACGACUCACCGAACGAAAAAUGGACAAACAUAUAAAUCUGCUAUACGUGCAGGAUGACAAUGUGGGACAUUUUGCGUUGAUAAAGAAUAUGUCCCGUCUCAUGAGUUCACAACUCAGUAAGAAAAAGAAUAAGAAAUUCUUUUGUGAUCGAUGUCUACAUUAUUUUAGUUCGAACGACAAGUUGGAAAUUCACACAAUGGACUGUGGAAAGAUAAACGAUUGCGCUAUCAUAUUACCAAGCGAAGAUGACAAAUGGCUGAGCUUUAAAAAUUACUGUCGAAAGGAACGAAUGCCGUUUAUCGUAUACGCCGAUUUGGAAUGCAUCCUGGAGAAGACUGAGGAUGAGAAAAAUUACCAGCAUCAUCGAGUAUUUAGCAUAGCAUAUUAUGUACACUGUGCGUAUGACAAUUCGCUAUCAAUGUAUCGGUUUCAUCGCGAUAAGAAUUGUAUCGCGUGGUUCGUCGAGCAACUUAAAGAUUUAGCACAAAUUGUAAAUAAUAUUCUGUCGGUUAAUGUUCCCAUGGAUUUAACACAAGACGAUUGGAAAAAAUUUAACAACGCUACACAUUGCCACAUUUGUGAAAAACCAUUUACGAAUGAAAUAGAACGGGUACGCGAUCAUUGUCAUUUAACCGGUCGAUUCAGAGGUGCAGCGCAUUCAAAUUGCAAUUUAAAUUACAAAGAUUCGCAUUAUAUUCCUAUAGUUUUCCAUAACUUAUCUGGCUACGACGUGCAUGUUAUCAUCAAGGAAAUAGCUACAGCAUACGAAGGACGAAUAGAUUUAGACUUCCGAUAGCAAAAGAAAAAUAUA